CGCAAUAAAUAAAGCCACGAGGAACAGACUGUGCGUAAAACGCGAUGUACCGUUCGUUUUAUUGGGGAUAAAUAUCUAAGAGAAGCGACAAGUGUAUAGCGAGUUCUUAGACGGCGUGUGUUUUACUAGUCUCGAUCGAAGAGCACGGGUUGACGCGGGGCCGGCUUUGUGCUUUAGUAAAGUGAUUUACGUUUUAGUAGGUGUAAUUUUUGUAUAUUAUAUUUCAAUCAUGUCUGCAAAAACUCAAGCGAAGAAAGCCAAAAUUGAAGGCGAGAACGGAAAAGGCGACCUUGAACCAGAAGACAAGAAAAUACAAGAUGCUAUAGAAAAAAUAGAUGAAGUGCAAAAUGAAGUAGACCGAUUAAAUGAACAAUCAAGCGAGGAAAUUUUACAAGUUGAAAAAAAAUACAACAAACUAAAGUGGCCACAUUAUUUGAAGAGGUCAGAACUUAUUACUUCCAUCCCCAACUUCUGGGUCACAACAUUUGUCAACCAUCCACAAAUAUCAGCACUGCUGAAUGAAGAAGAUGAAGAUGCUCUUCAUUAUCUGACAAAGGUCGAAGUUCAAGAGUGCAACGAAAUCAAGACCGGAUACACAAUCAGUUUUCAUUUUUCUGAUAAUCCAUAUUUUGAUAAUGAUGUCAUAACAAAAGAAUUCAGACUCAGUGAAUCAGGUGAACCAUCGUCAAGUUCAACAACAAUUAAUUGGAAAGAAGGAAAAAAUUUAACAGAAAAAAUUGGUGAAAACUCAGCUAAAGGAAAGAGGAAACACGAAGAAUUAGAAAGUUUUUUUAGUUGGUUCAGUGAUUCUGGAGACUGCGGUGCUGAUGAGUUGGGUGAAGUCAUCAAAGAUGAUAUUUGGCCGAAUCCACUUCAUUAUUAUCUUGCGCCAGAAGGUGUUGAUGAAGAUGAUGACGACGACGAUGAUGGUUUAGAUGAUAUUGAGGAGGAGGAAGAAGAAGAGGAAGGAUUCGAGGAGGAGGAUGAAGAAGGAGAGGAGGGAGAAGGUGAUGAGGAAGAGGAAGACUGAAAGAAUUCUCAAACCUGAUGGUCUUUUUUCAUUUAUCACCUGAACGACUGAAAGAAAUCAGUUGAGGAACAAACUCUUUUGCUACUACAACUACCAAUUUUUUUGUCAUAUUCUUUACUGCCCAUUCAGUCUGUAACAGCCUCGUUCAUUGCCCAUGGUGUUCAAUCCUGGUUUACUGUAUUCAAAACUGUUUCAACACUUUGUAAUAAGCGAUGUGCUGUAAUCGAAAAUGUUUUCGAUUUUUUUCACUUUGUUCAGCCAAUGAUAGCAAUGUCAAUACAAUUCGAAUGUGCGGUUGGCUCAUUUAUGGUA